AUGGUGCUGGGAUGGCGUUAUCUAUCGUCAAAGUCACUUGGGAAUAGUUUCAUGCAGUCUGCUUUUCACUGGGGAAAACCUCAUCCCCAUCCACAACCUCAAGAUGAUCAAUCUGAUUCUCCUAUCGAAAAUUUUCCUGUAAACGGACGGACAGACACAUUAGCAAAUUCUAAUAAUCUACUCACGUUUAGUUCGCAAGCUGCUAAUGUAACUUGA